AUGGCGACGCUGGAGGCGAUCGCCUACGUCCGCGGCUCCCUACGAGUGCUCGAUCAGCUCCGUCUGCCGCUCGAGACGACGUACGUGGACGUCCCGACGUGCGAGGCGUGUUGGCGAUGCAUCAAGGACAUGCGCGUCCGAGGGGCGCCGGCGAUCGCGAUCGCGGCGGCGCUGGCGCUGGCGACGGAGCUGGAGCGCACGCGCGGGCGGUUUCGCGCGAGCGCGGAGGUCGCGGCGUUCGCGCGGGAACGGUUCGAUUACAUGUACACGUCGAGACCGACGGCGGUGAACCUGGGAGAGGCGCGGGGGCGGAUUCAGAAAGUCGCGAUGACGCUGGCGGAGACGUGUGAUGUGACGGAGACGAUCGAUGGGGUGAUCGAGGCGUGCGAGGCGAUGUUGGAGGAGGAUGUGCGAUCGUGUCGGGAAAUCGGACGACGCGGCGCGGAGGCGUUGUUGGCGAGCGUGGGCGCGAAAGAUGGGGAGAAGAUCAAGGUUAUGACGUGUUGUAACACCGGGUCGCUCGCGACGGCGGGAUACGGGACCGCGCUCGGGGUGAUUCGGGCGCUGUGGGAGCGAGGUCGGCUCGAGCGGGCGUACUGCCUGGAGACGCGGCCGUACAAUCAAGGAUCGAGAUUGACCGCGUACGAGCUCGUGUACGAAAAAAUUCCGGGCACGCUCAUCUGUGAUAAUAUGGCGGCGGCGCUCAUGGCGCGAGGGGAUGUCGACGCCAUCGUUGUCGGCGCGGACAGGGUCGCCGCAAACGGGGACUUUGCGAACAAAAUUGGCACCUACUCGCUCGCGGUAAACGCCAAGCAUCACGGUGUGCCCAUGUUCACCGCGGCGCCGGUGACGACGCUGGACCCGGAGACGGCGACUGGAGCGGACAUUCACAUCGAGGAGAGACCGGCGGAUGAGGUGACACAUUCGCUCGGUAAACGCGUGGCGGCGGAGGGCAUCGACGUGUGGAAUCCAUCCUUCGACGUCACUCCCGCCGCGCUCCUCUCGGGCAUCAUCACCGAGAGCGGCGUCAUCGAAAAAAAUGUGAAAGGAUUCUUUCCAGUGAGCGAAUUCGUCGCGAAUGUCAAGGGUGGGGACAUGACUGCAUCAAAGCUGACUGGUCCGCCAGGUUUUGUCGCACUCGAUUGCGAAACCGUGCUCGAUUACGCCGCUUCGCGGCACAACGUCGCCAGCGUCCUCGGCGGUGCGUCGACUCGAAACUCUUGGUCCGCGCAAGAAGUCGGGGACGGUAACAUAAAUUUCGUCUACAUCGUCACCGGUGCUUCUGCGGAUAAGCAGGUCAUCGUGAAACAGGGCUUACCUUUUGUUAGAUGCGUCGGCGAAAGUUGGCCGCUCACUCAAGAGCGCGUCCGAUACGAGGCCGAGGCGCUCGUUCAAGCGCAUAAGUUUUGCCCAUCACACGUUCCGGAGGUUUACGUGUACGACACGAAGAUGGCCACCAUCGUGAUGCGAUACCUCGAGCCACCGCACAUCAUCCUCCGCGGCGGCAUCAUCGAAGGUAAAGUGUACCCAAAGCUGGCCGAGCACGUGGGAGAGUACAUGGCCACGACGCUGUACAAGUCGUCCGCCUUAGCUUUGGGCGGUGCAGAGCUUCGUCGCGCUCGACAAGCGUUCGGACAAAAUGAGGACAUGUGCGAACUCACCGAGCAAGUCAUCUUCACGGAACCGUACGGUAAAGCCGACAACAAUCACUGGACGUCGCCCCAACUCGACGACAUCGUCAGUGAGAUUCAAUCCGACGCUUCUCUCAAGCGAGCUAUUUGCUCGCUGAAGGAAAAGUUCAUGACCAAUGCGCAGGCUCUAUUGCACGGAGAUUUGCACACGGGAUCUCUCAUGUGCACCGAAACCACUACGUUCGCGAUUGACCACGAGUUUGCCUUUUACGGACCGAUGGGAUUUGACAUCGGCGCGUUCCUGGCAAACUUACUGCUCGCCUUCUACUCUCAGAGCGGUUGGGCGAAGUGCAACGGCGAGGACCGUAGUAAACAACGCGAUUGGCUUUUGGAGACGUUCACAGAGACUUGGAGCGUCUUUGAGAGGCGGUUCCUGGAGCAAUGGAACGAGCAAGGCGUGAGAUGCGACUGCGGGGGAUUGUCACCCCAAAUAAUGUUCGGGAAGGAAGUCCCCGAAGCGCUUCAAUCGUAUCAACGGUCGUUCAUGCAGAAAGUGUGGGUAGAUAGUCUUGGAUUUGCCGGCGCAAAGAUGAUCCGUCGCAUCAUAGGCAUCGCUCACGUUGCGGAUCUGGACAAGAUUCCAGACGCCGAAAUCCGAGCGCAGUGCGAACGCAAAGCGCUCAAGUGUGGUCGGGAACUCAUGCUCAACGCGAGCGCGCUUACGCCAUUAUCCGUCGUAGAAAUGAUACUCGCUUGCGAACAGUGA